AUGAGCGUCGACGCCAUCUAUCAGAACCGCGCCGCCCUUCAGCUCAUGGGCGAAGCGCAGAUGCUCGUGAGCAUCCAGCACCGCUUCGGAUUCUGGGCCGCUGGCCGUCUCGCACUCGAGCAAGUCGUCGGCGAGAUUCGCUUCGAGUUCGCCUUCGUGACCCCAACCGAGCUGGGCGGCGAGGAUGGCCCGCUUGUGGUCAAGGUGGUGGAUUUGGUGUAUCUGCAAGCCAUCGGCCGUGAGCUUGAACGCGUGAUGGAGUCUGCCUCGUUCGAGGCGACGCUGGCGAUGGAGCAGGAGUAG